AUGGCGGCGGCGUGGUGGGAAGAGCUGGUGGUGACGGCAGUGGCGGCGGAUGGGACCGGUGGGAGCAGCACCACGGUGGUGUCCAUCUGCGUGUUCACGGCGGUGCUGUGCCUGUGCCUCGUCGCCGGCCACCUCCUCGAGGAGAACAAGUGGGUCAACGAGUCCAUCACCGCCCUCAUCAUCGGGUGCAUCAUAGGGGCGAUCAUAUUUCUGCUCACCAAAGGGAAGCACUCGCACAUCCUGAAGUUCGACGAGCAGCUCUUCUUCAUCUACGUGCUUCCACCGAUAAUCUUCAAUGCCGGGUUUCAGGUCAAGAAGAAGCAGUUCUUCCACAACUUCAUGACCAUCAUGUCCUUCGGCGUGUUCGGUGUUUUCAUUUCAGGUGCAAUAGUUUCGGCAGGCUGCUAUUGGCUCUUCCCGAAAGUCGGAUUUGGAGAGCUUGGUGCGGUAGAUUAUUUAGCACUGGGAGCCAUAUUUUCUUCAACAGAUACCGUGUGCACAUUGCAGGUCAUAAACCAAGAUGAGACACCAAGGCUGUACAGCUUGGUGUUUGGAGAAGGAGUUGUCAACGAUGCAACAGCAGUUGUUCUUUUCAAUGUUAUCAAGAAUCUCGAUGUCAGUAAGCUCAAAGGUGGGGUUGUGCUAAAACUGAUAUCUGACUUCCUCUAUCUCUUCGCAACCAGCACGAUCAUCGGAAUCUCAAUCGGUCUAGCGACUGCAUAUGUUCUCAAAGCUCUGUAUUUUGGUAGGCAUUCGACUGAUCGAGAGGUUGCCUUGAUGGCUCUCAUGGCUUAUUUAUCAUAUAUGCUGGCAGAGUUGCUAGAGCUGAGUGGAAUUUUGACCGUGUUCUUUUGCGGGAUUGUCAUGUCCCACUAUGCAUGGCACAACGUGACAGAGAGCUCAAGAAUCACGACAAAGUGA